AUGGCAGCCCUAAUUAACAAAAUAUCAAAGCUUUUCGGCAACGCCGCCGCCUCCUCAGCCGCGCCACCAUCGCCGCCAUGGCUCGAACUGCCUGAUUAUUUGACGGAGAAUAUCCUGCAAAGGCUGCCCAUUCGAGAGAUACUGACGAGUGCGCAGAAAGUGUGUACUACAUGGUGGAGAGUGAUCAAAAAUCCCACGAUGUGGCGCGUUAUUCACUUGGAUUGUCGAGAUUGGGCUUACGGAAAAUUCUUUAGCGUAUGCUAUCGCAUAGUGGAUCGUAGGGAGGGACAAUUGGUCGACCUAAAGCUUCUCAGUUAUUACCAAGAUUAUGGGUUUCUUAACUACGUCGCCAACCGAUCAAGUCAGCUCCGAUGCCUUACACUCGCAGGGUUUGAGAAAAUUGAAAUUGGUUUGACUGAUGCAAUAGAAAAACUCCCACGGUUGGAAGAGUUGCACCUUAUCAGAAUGCCAUCACUGAGUGUAGAAGAAUUUGAAAGCAUUGGUUUGUCUUGCCCCAUGUUGAAAUCAUUUACAUAUAUAGAUCAUUGGCUUACGGAUUACCCUAUUGAGGGAAGCUUUGACACUGAGCAUGCUGUUGCAAUUGGAGAAACCAUGCCUAAUCUGCACCAUCUCGGACUUUGGGGGCAACCAAUGACGAAUGAAGGGCUGGAAGCGGUUCUCGAUGGCUGCCCCUAUCUUGAAUCACUCGAUCUUCGGAGAUGCCUUGGUCUUGAUCUGGAAGGAGCUCUGGGUAAAAGAUGUUCUGACCGAAUAAAACAUCUGAGGCUUCCUUCUGACUACAGUGUUAGUGAUUGGGUUAUCAAAUAUCCUGCAUAUGAAGAUAAUAAACCUGAUGAACUAUGA